CUUGCCAGGGACUCUCCAGGGGCAGCUAUGAAGUUCUUUGUUUUGUUCCUUUGCCUUGUUCAGCUCUGGGGCUGUCACUCAACCCCAGUUGUCUUGGGGCUGGAGGAGAGGAACCCAGCUUGCGAUGACCCAGAGACCGAGGCGGCAGCCCUGGCAGGUGUGGACUACCUCAAUCAGCAUGUUCGUUGGGGCUACAAGCACGUCUUGAACCAAAUUGACAAAGUCAGAGUGUGGCCUCGGCGGCCCUCCGGAGAGGUGUAUGAGCUUGAAUUCGACACGCUGGAGACCACCUGCCACGCCUUGGACAUCACGCCCUUGGCGAACUGCUCUGUGAGAACGGUGACCCAACACGCGGUGGAAGGGGACUGUGACAUGCACGUGCUAAAACAGGACGGCCAGUUUUCCGUGGUGUUUGCAAAAUGCGAGUCCACUCCAGACUCCAGGGAGGACGUGCGCAAAGUGUGCCCCCAGUGCCCCCUGCUGACGCCUGUGAACAACACCAAGGUGGUGCACGCGGCCAAUGCCGCCCUGGCCGCCUUCAACGCGCAGAACAACGGCUCCCACUUUGAGCUGCUGGAGAUUUCCCGCGCUCAGCUCGUGCCUCUCCCAGUUUCUACCUAUGUAGAGUUUGCAGUGGUAGCUACUGACUGUGCUGCUGCAGACGGCACAGAUCCAGCCUGCUCCGGGCCACCAAAAAAGCAAUAUGGCUUCUGCAAGGCGACAGUCGCUGAGAAGCUUGGUGGGGAAGAAGUUUCAGUGACCUGCACGGUGUUCCCAACACAGCCUGUGGCCCCCCUGCCCCAGCCAGAUGCAGCCUCAUCAGCAAACCCACCCCCUGCAGCCGACCCAGCUGUAUCUCCACCCUCUUCACCUAGUGUGCCUGUGGAUUCUGUGGCACUGGGACCCAAGAGGGUGUUACUUCCACCCCCCGUGCACCGGGAACACUAUAACCUGCGCUACAGCUUCCCAGAUGUGGAUUCAGCCUCAGGAGAAGCAUUCGGCCCAAGGCAGAAGCCCAAGGUGACACAUCCUGGCGUGGCCAGUGGUGUUGGCCCAGUGCCUCCUCCCCCAUGCCCUGGGAGGAUCAGACACUUCAAGAUCUAGCCUAGACACAGCAGAGAUGAGAAGGUUGGGCAAAGAGAACACAGCCACUAGUUUGUCCAAGUCUGGGUGUGGGUGGGGACCUUGUCCGUUGUGAAAGCCAGUAUCACGUGUGUCUGGAGUCAGAGCAAGUCUUGAAUCCCAACUUCUCUUCAUGCCUUGGAGGAUAGAAACAGACAGGGUGAUGGUUAUGUCUGAUGGAAGGUCACCAGCUUGAUCAUUAUUGUUUUGCUGAUAAACCACUGCCAUGGUGUUCUCUGCCUUCUCGUUGACCUUGUAUUCACAGUCGGACUGUGACUCUAAUGGUGCUCUUGCCAAGCUUGUAUCUGCCUACUAAUAAAGUGCCUGAGGGACCUUCCUUAAUAAAGAAGGCUCUGAAC